AUGCUCUUAAUCUGCAGUGGAGUAUGGACGUCUGUGUUUCUCUAUGGACUAUCCGUUGGUGCACCCACUGUCUUCAUUCCUCAGAUCAGAAAAGAGGCCAAUAAUACUGAAAUCAUUACAACUGAAAUGGCUUCUUGGAUGACUUCUGCAUUUGGCUUCAGCGGGUUUCCCUUCGUCAUGAUCCUCACGAUACUUACCAAAUUUCUCGGAAGGAAGAUACCAUUCGUGAUCGCAGUCCUUGACUCAUUGGUCGCCUUCAUCGUCUUGUACUUCAGCACAAAUGUCGCGGUACCUCAUUGCGCUUACCCCGCAACCCCGGCUGAACAUCAGCCCUUUAGGGCCCCGUCUGUGGUGGUCGAAUGGCUCUUUGAGGCGCGCGCGGAACGCUACGCGCCGUACGCUCGAGCCUGGUUCUGGUCGGGCGGCGAGCUGCCCUUACUCGCCGACCGCAGGCCCGUACUUACGGUGACCGGAGAUCGUCCCUCGAUCCCCGACGCCCGUAGUGUCGCCAGUUGCGGCUACUGGGGCGUGAGGAGGAGGAUUGCUCCCUCACGCGGGCCGCCUCUCUCUUUGCGAGCAUGA